UCCUUCUCCCUCCUGCUCACUUCUGACCAGGAGUUAAAGAUGUGCUGGACCUCUGCAGCCCUCCUGGCUCUCCUCGCCGUGCUUCUGGCCCUGAACUCGUCCCCACAGGCCGAGUCUGCAGCUGUGCACAGCAGCACAGGAACUGCCAAGAGUUCCCGAGGUCCGCCGUGGAGAGUCUUCAUGAAGGAGUCUGACGCCUCAGACUUCUUCAGGAGGCGCAGCAGGCGAGCUGCAAAGUCUCAGGAUGAGAUCAACGCUGAGCAGGCCCAGGUUCUGGCUGCAGAUGAGCGGAGGAGAGAGUUCCACAAAGAGAAGACCAGCGAGUUUGAGAGCUACGCCGAGGAGGACAGCGACGAACAGGACGAGAGGAGCAGAGAGAGCACGGAGCAGUGGAGGGAGUUCCACUACGAUGGGAUGCAUCCUCCCCAUGAGUAGAACCGUCACUCUGUCUGAGCAGGAGGAGGGGACCAGACGCUGGAAGCUACCAAACCAGGAUCUUCUCUUCAUAAAAUGAGUUAUUUUUAUUAGAACAUUGUAACUUUUUACUCUUGCUUUGUUGGUGUUGAUGAGGGAUAAAAGCAAUAACUUGGGUCAAGAAGAUUCAUGAGGCCUAAUGGGUCAUUUUGACAGUAUAGGGCAGCAGGAGGGUUAAAACGCUUCUUAAUUUUAAUCAUCACAUAUUUCACUGUUUCUGUUUCAACAGUGGAUUAAAAUUAAUCAUUAUAUUAUAGUUCAUACUGUCAGAAGUGAGGUUCUGUCAGAAGGUUUUGAACAAUGAAAGUUUAAUAGUUGACGAGCUAACUGCUAAUCCAAAGUGGGUUAUCACUGUCUUAGAGCUCUAUUCUUAAAAGUUCAUAAGGAUAAAUUACCAUCAGUUUCUUAUUAGGCAGCAGCAGCUAUCUGUAGCACUUCCAGCAGAAAUAUAUUUCUGCUCAAACAACCUCACAAUGCAAAACUAAUGAUUGUGUAAAGGUUUAUACAGUAAAAGAAUCUGGAAAAACUAAUGUAAAAACAUUGACAAUUCAGUUGUUUUACAGCCAAUAAUGGCUGUCAAAAAAUGCCAUUUUUAAUGUUUUUUUUUAUUUUAAUUUUACAUAUGAAUUAAAUAUGACUCAUUCCAUUUCAAAAGUUUGUCACAAUUUGUAAUAAAUGAUGGAAAUCAGCAGAAUUACGUUUGGCUGCCAACAAUUACAAGUCGUUUGUUUGCAUUCGCCAACGAGUACACAGUCUUGGUGUGCGAUGGAUACCGAGUCAGUAAAUAAUCCCCGGUUCAAAACAAAAAGGUACAAUUAUGCUUUCUACUACUGAAAGAAGUGACUAAUAUAAUAUAAUAUAAUAUAAUAUAAUAUAAUAUAAUAUAAUAUAAUAUAAUAUAAUAUAAUAUAAUAUAAUAUAGCUGGGUCGAACUCUAAUAGAAGAAUUUUCGUGUUUGAUCAUCAAAUUUAGUUGUGAACAAAGGUGAGUAAUAUUUGCUCUUUUCUAACGCAAUUUUUACAAAAACCCUGAUGAGUUUAAGCUACAUUAAAAACAAUCUUUUUUUCUACAUUUACUGUUUUAAUAGUGUGAGAAGAAUACAAGUCCAAAGCUAAAACAUGGAAAAAAUGCGUAAAAAAAACAACUGUUAUGACUUUAAGACAAAAGCAAACCACUUUGGCCUCAGCCUCACUCAGAUUAGCUGUUAGCUUGUCGGUCUGGUCUGAAUUGCAUAGUUUUCUAAAUUGCGGUCAUUCAAUCUAUCUACAACAGGUAAGACACUAGUUGUUCAUAUCUUUUCCACAGAACCCUUCUUCAAAAGAUGCCUUUAAUAAAGUUAUUUGUAUUUAUUGUAAAGUAAUAGACGCAAAGAGCAAAUUAAUAUUCACUCAUCAUCUUUAAAUAACAUGCAUGUUGUAUGUAAUCACAGCACAUUUAUGUAAACUUAAUGGCUUCUUCACUAUUUGAUUUCCUUUGAUUUUUAAUAUAUAUAUAUAUAUAUAUUUUUUUUUUUUUUUGGGUGGGGGGUGUAUGAAGAAAUAAAGACACAAAAGCCAA